AGUCGUGGAGUGCGCGGCGGGGCCAAAUUCCGAUUUCAGCGUUCGGUAGCGCUGCAUAUUUAGACACGGCGGCGGUGUUGCGUGUCGCGUUUCCGAAUACUCGCCGUGGUCGUAGGCUCGGCGUCCCGCGUAGUCCUUUGUGCCAGUCGUGUGAUGCACGGACGAAAACCGAGUGCCCAUUUAGGGUGCCCACCGUCAGCAACAGUCGGUGCACGUGAGACCGCCGGAGUACGACAACAAAUCACACUGCUGUCUCGCCGCAUUCGUAUACCUGCCAACUGCACCGGUGUACUUCGGUUUGCGCGGCCCUGAUGUGAAAGCGGCGAGUCAUGGCGAAAUGUCGUGUGCCGGGGCGUUACUUGCUCCUAGCCCUGCUGUUCGUUGGCAACACAAUUCUCUCAACACACAAGUUUGACCUCGGCAUUGCGAUUUUGGCCAUGACUAACCAGGUUCCCGCCACAGACAAAGCGGCCAGUCUGGUACCCGGUGAUUCCUGGCUCCAGCAUGACAAUGACACAGUAACAAGACAGUUCAAUGCUUCUGGCACUGCAACAGCAACAGUCAACAGCAGUGUGGAAACUGAAGACAAUGCCCUCUUCACCACCACACCUGCAGUUUCACUGGAGGAGAAAAGCACAGGAGCACCUACAUUCUCGUGGUCACCUUCAGUGCAAGGUGUCAUCCUGGGUGCAUACUUCUACGGAGUAAUUAUGCCGCAGGUUCUGGGUGGUCGUCUGGCAGAGCGCUUCAGUGCCAAGUGGACCCUGCUGGCAGGGCUGCUUGCUUCCUCGGCACUGACAUCGGCAACACCAUGGAUAGCCACGUUAGGUGUCGCACCUCUGGUUGCACAUCGGAUACUCCUGGGAUUUGUGCAUGGUCUGAGUAUGCCCUCAUCGGUUGCCCUGGUGGCCCGGUGGGCGCCCCGACGGGAGCGGUCAACCUUUGUAGCAGUGGUGUUCUGUGGCCGGUACAUGGGCAUUGUGGUGGCCACCCUGCUCUUCGGUCACCUCUCCUCCAUGUCAGUGGCUGGAGGGUGGCCCUUUGCCUUCUACAUGUCUGGGCUACUGGGUUUCCUGUGGCUAGCCCUGUGGUACUUCCUGGCCUUUGACGAUCCUGCUCGUGACCCGAAGGUGUCUGCUGCAGAGCUUCACAAUAUACAGGGAGGAAAUGGAGGUGGACCACUCAGGGCCAGCACAGCGAAGCAGCCACUGCCAUGGCGAGCUGUGUUCACAUCUGCACCUGUGUGGGCCCUGGUGGCAGCCCGGUUUUCCAACCUGUGGGUCUCCAUGCUGCUGUUCACGAAGCUGCCAGCGUAUGUCGAAGGCGUCCUCGGGAUGUCCCUGCGUCAGAAUGCCAACUUCAGCGCACUCGUGUUUGCCUUCACCAUCGUGUCAAUGCUGGGCUCCGGCGUGAUCGCAGACUGCCUGCUUCGUUGCGGCCUCCAGACCACACUUGUCCGGAAAGCAUUUCAGCUCACUGCCAACUUUGGCCCCGCGCUGUGCCUUCUGUGUCUGACCAUGGCCGGAGCGAACCGAUGGCUCGUGCUGUUCCUGCUGAUUAUCGGCAAGGUCACACUGGGUGCCUUCACGGCCGGCAAUGCGGCUGCAGUGGUUGACUUGGCUCCAAUGUACUCUGCUACCCUUAAUGGGAUGAUUACAACAUUUGGACAAACCACAGGAGUGCUGGCUCCUUUGGUUGCUGGGCUGCUGUCAUCCUCUGCAAAAGGCGAUAAGGUGACGCAGUGGACGCACAUCUUCUACCUUGCAGCCGCCGUAAGCUUUGCUGGUGGUGUUGUGUUUGCCAUCUUCGGCUCAGCCGAGCGGCAACCUUGGGCCGACCCUAGUGGCAUGGCCAGCACCAAACAACAACAGUCAAUCCCGCCAUCGAACUCUGGUGACCCGGUGGCAUCUGCAGAGGAUGGUGUCAUCAUUGCAGCCAGCACAGCACUUCUUGGUACACCAGCAUCACCGGACACAGCAGAGAUGUCACCCGCUAAGAAGCUUUGACACUAGUGAGGUUUUUGGAGACUGCUUCUUUGGUGUAGUUGGCAUUGCGCUGAGACUGCUUAGCUUUGGUUUGACGGCAGCAGAAGUGAUUGACGCUGAAGAACACAAUGCACAGAUGUGUGAAGAACAACUUCCAUUUGUGCUUGUAACGCAAAUGGAUACGAAGUGAUUGACUAAGGUCGGUCAAGUCAAAUGGUGCAUUCGACUGAUCAGUUUUGACCACCCUGAGCAUUCCGGUGAUGAGAUUUACAUUCGGCUGAUCGAAAUUGAGCACUCAAAACACAUUUGUGUGGUUCAUCCAUUGUGCCACACUCUGGUUCAAAACAGUUAGAUGCAUUCUCACCUGCAAGCUGGGAUUGCAACCAGAAUUCGACAGAAUUCCAACCACUUAGCUCCUCUUCUGAUUGCUCUGGGAGCAGCUGAACGUUUGGCCUGGACAGACUUUCUGUGGUUCCUAUCUUGAGAGAUCUCGGUAAUACCGAGCUCUGUAAGAACCAGUCAAAUGCACUACAUGAACGACAAGCACAGCGCUCUCGGCACGGCCUUUCUGUCACACUGUCUUUUCGUGUGCCGUUCAUGGCCGGCUCUGAAUAACCAACUUGCUCAGGCUUUGACUUAGUAUAGAAAGUGAGUGCAGGUGUCACAAAGUGCCUUGUCUUCCCAAACUCCUGCACAUGCCAAGCUGCUGUAAGUUAACAAUCAUUGUAUACAUAUGCCUAGGGGUGUCGCAUGUUGCUGCCGUCUUUAGACUGGCUGCCAAAAGGAAAGGCUUGAUGUCGUACAAAUGUGGACUAGGUGUGAAAUGAGAAAAAUUUUGGGGGAAAACGUGCACUUCUGGGACUGUCAUACUUUCGGACGGACUAGUCAUUAAUAUAUGCAGCUAAAGCUGAACUUUGUGCUGGUUGGUGACACGGUACUGGAGUUCUUGAAAGCAGCUUAUAAAGGGCUUGGAAAUCUGAAAGGGGCACACUGCAAGUUCUGUGGAUUCUGGGUCUUUGUAUUAGGAGUCACUUCCAGUGGCCCAGGAAAGCAGUCCAGGGCACGUGUUUGUAUUGUUCUAUUUCUUCUUGUUCUUUUUUUUUUCUCUCUCUCAUUCACCUUUUCUCGUCGUACGCUGCAGUGACUAGCUUAUGCCAGUCAUGAUGGCAGAGCAGUAGCAUCCAAUCCGAUGAUAAGGAAAAAAGAUUAAUUAAAUAGAUUGCAAAAAUGCUAAAGAAAUAAUGUGCCCACAGGUAGAUUGGCUGAAUACAGUAUAUCUGUAGCUGCUGAAGAGCGGGCGAAGUGACCUUGUUGCAUAAAAAAUUUUACUUGGUCAUUUGCUCAAAUAUGAUGGAUCAAAGCCCACCGGUUGUCAGCGGCCAUACGUCACGACUACUCUUUCCUCAUUCUGUAGGGUUGUGGUGAUGUCAAAAGUGAAAAAUCGAUAUCGAGCGGUUUCGCAUCAGUGCAUUGACGUGGGACCUACCACAAUUCACAAGCAUUCUCAAAGAAGAUUCUUUGGCAUUGCCUUGCUGGGAUCAAUCUAUAUAGCCAUGUAAAUAUUAUAUUCGUAGCUGUUGCAAGUCCUUUCAGCUGUCAACAUGUUUACACAUCCAUCCAUAGGUAGUGCCACUAAACUAGCUACAUUAUACAACCUAGAUACAGCUGAUGCUGGAUAUACCAAACCCGGAUAUAAUGAAUUAUUGUCUACAUUGAACAGUCAUAACAUCCCCUUGAGAAUCCGUUGCAAACUAAGCUAUACUAUGCAUGUAUUAAACUCCUAUUUAUCAGCACAUUCGAUUUUUCCAACGCUUAACAGGGCCGCUAUCACUUCUCGUGCUGUCGGAAUUAUUUAGUGGGGACGAAACGGCACUGCCAUAUUUAUUCGAGUGUAACGUGAGCUUUUUCAUUAUUUUCGCUGCUUGAACUGAACCGUUGCAUUACAUUCAAAUGACUGCAAAAUUAAACAUUUAAAAAGAAAUAUUCAAAAUGCUGUGGUGUUCGGCUUGACGUUGUCAACCUGUACCUUUACAUCUCAAUACAAUUUAUUGACAAGUCAACCAAAGUGAGAACUUGUUUUUUGCUCGAAUCAACGCCGUUUUAAUUGCGCUUGUGACUGGUGUUAUGGUUACGGCUCUGCAGUACCCUGCGACCUUCCACGGUUCAGCUCCAUUCAUUUGUGACGUUAUGAUGACACAGUGCAUUUAGUAUGACGCCUGCUUCAAGAGGCAAGCGAUUUUAAUGACCGAGGAGCUGGGAAACUCCGCCACGACUCGACGUCAACGAGUCGAAUGAUUCGCAGACGGCAGGGCCAUCGGGAGGCCCUCUCUUAAGGGACACUAAAGGCAUACAGUAAGUCAAGCUGAAGUGAUAGGUUAGUGCUCAAGAAUCUCUAAGGCGUCAAUAUUAUCACUAACAGAGCCUUAGUAAUCGAGAAAUUGAGGUGAAUGUAGGACAAACUUAGAGAUUUCCCCGGCACAUUCAAAUACAGUACUUGCCCAAUGACGAAGGCACUCCUCAUUUAAAUUCUGUCACUAGUGCUCAACCACUCGUUAUAAAAACAUCAUUGUAAUGUAUUGUAAGUUGAAAGAAAAUACUAGUUGUCCAGUUCUAUUUUAUUUUUAGAAAAAAGAACUCAUUGGCAUUACCCUUGACAAUAACGCAGGCAGUUGGAAGGGUUCGGUCUCACUUGACUUCGCGCUGCCCGCCCUUUCGCGUUUCAGUAGUUUCGUUAUCGCAUAGUGCAGUGCUGGUUUUGCUGGCUCGCGAAACUCUCACAAACUGCAAGUACCAGAGAAUUCCACUUCCAUGUGAUGUCACAGGAUGCCCAAACGGUCUACAGCACCUGACCAAAAGCAGCUGCGGCAGCGAACCCACCAUUCUGUCUGGGCUCAGUUUGUCCAUGGCAUUUUGUGCAAAAAGCCGUACCACGUUCUGUUGGGUGUUGUUUCACUCACCAAUGGCAGCAAAGGGCAGUGAUAGCGUGUGCAAUGCCAUCGCUCCCUGGUUAGGUAGCAGAAAAUUUGAAUUGCGAUAAAGGUAUUCGGACCCUUCAGAUACAGUUUUCUCGCAAACUCUUUUCUUUAUACGAAACAAGCGUGGCGAGGUUUCUGGAAUGGUAUUUAAACAGUCCACAUCGACUUGGUAUUUGCCUUUGUGUCCCUUUGAAUGCGGGGCGAGUCGGAAGGACUCUGUGGACCUUGUAGUGGCCUGGUACUGCCUCGAGUGAUAUGGUUGUGUGGUCUUUUAACCCUUUCAGGGUCAAUGACGUAAAUAUACGGCGUCACGAACAAGCCCCAAAUGGUCAAUGCCGUAUAUUUACAGCACCGUCUGUACAUUUAUAACGUGCCCCCAUUUCCUAACUUUUUCUUUUCUGGCAUGUGCUGCCACUAUGUGGGAAUACAGAGAAUUUCUUUCUUGCGCCUCCCUCUCUUGGUUUUCGUUGCAUGGUUUGUUUUAGAGCCAGUUUGCUCCGGCGUGUCUAUAUACUACCGCUCGUGCAUUGGCGCGCGCGCGCGGCAGUUCGUGUUUUGUUUUGCGGGUGGUUUCGGCUUCUUGUGUUCACAAAAUUGAUGGCUAUUUCAUUACUAAUCGCUCAAAGGGCGACUGCCUGUUUCUCGCUCGUUUAGUGCUCACAGAGGUGUGCAUAGGAAGGAUGCCGCCGCACAUGCAUUUCCUUUUCUUUUCUUUUUUUUCGACACUCGUGAAAACUAAUUGCCUCUGGUUGGUGAUAAGAUGAAGAUUAGCGGAAGUUUGCCACACGUUUUGCUUUUUUGACGGGCACACAACCAUGCAAUUUUCUUGAGUGCGCCCACCUACACAGUUCGAUUAUGCUAUGGACGUAAAUGUUAGUGUAAGAGCAGGAACAUUUGAGACUUGCAAAAUAUUCUCGUGUGUGCAUUUUCUAAGCCUUAUGUGUAUAACAAUGCAUCAAAGUUUUAACUCUUAUAAGUUUAUUCCUUUGUAAUUGUUGUUACUUAUGAAUAAACAGUACAUAUAUAUCAAUGCCAGGGUGUCUACCAACUGGGAAAACCUGGAAUUCUCGGGGAUAUUGAGUAGUCUGGAAAAACUCGGGGAUAACUCGGGGAAGUUGUGCUUCUAUCGGGGAAAAUUAGCUGUAAUUUUAUUGAAAGGGAAUGAAAGUCGCGGUAAUGCUGGCUCUAGCACCAGAGAGAAAUCGUAACGAUUGGUCUUUGACGCCGCGUCGUUGGCUGGAGGACUUGCCAGAGCACAGUCAACGAGCGACUUUCCGGGCGCCAGAUAAUUCGGACGGCUUCGCAGCACAACUACGUACCCCAUAGGGUCAAUGUAUAAGAACGUCUGAAAUUUCGGACACAAGAACCCUUCGCCGUCUGAUUUUCCGGACUUUUUGCUGUGACCGCAGGUCCAAAACCGCAUUCAUCAAAACCACCAUCGCCGUCGCUUUGAUAACCUCGCCGCCUCGAACCGGCACACUCGCACGCAGAUCCACUGGCAGCCGUAGCCCCACCACCGCAGCCAUCUCCGCAGCCAUACACGCAUGCACCCGCCAUCUCCUGUCACAGUACAAGCAACAUUAUGCCUAAGAAGUGUACUGGCAGGCCUACAGAGCUUUUUCUGACGUGCCUGUGGUGAUUUGAGCCCUUAAGGGCUGUAAAAGACAUGCAUUCAUUUUUUCGUACAUUCUUGUGGCCCCUCGGGAAACCGAAAAACUGUACAACUGUCAAAAAAGGAUGCUUCAAAUAGUCCGUGUGGCGAAUGCGCAGACAAAGGAGAACAAGAAAACAAAGGACCUACGCAUUGAGAAAUCGGGAAAGGAAGCAUGCCGCGGCUUUUUUGAAGGAGCUUGCACUCUAAAAGCAAAGUGUUGGCUGACGCCGAGAUGCAGGUGUCCCUCAUCCAAGCAAAAGAACUCUUUAAAACAGUGAAACGCAACACUGAGGCGUUGUGCACAGGCUGAGAGUAUGUCAGCACAGUUGAGGUUGACUUACCAGCUGUUAGGAGAGAAUCUCACUUGUGAUUAAAGGUCACGCCUCAUACCAAUUAGCUUGCUAUCACUUGAUAGAAAUAGCUCAUAUUCGAAAAUAUUCUGUAUGCAUCUUUCUUUUUUUAUUUGAGAAUGUUUGACUCGAUUUGCAAUGUGUUUUACUAUUUCUUUCAAAGAUAUUUCAUUCGCUGUGCAUUUUACUAACCCCCUCCCUUCUGUUUUCUUUUUGAAUAAUGUAAACACUACCCCUUACUAUUCAAACUGAAUUAAGUUGUUUUCUUUUAUUUUUUAAGAUGCUUACUAGAGAGUGAUACCAAUCCGAUACCAUUGGGCGACGUGAUGUAGGGAGCCUGUCUUGACAUAAAGUUCUGUCACUCAGGAAAUAUUGCAAAGGCAGCCAGGGAAAACCUGGAAAGCUCUUGGCAUUUGGAAAUGUCAGCUUGGUAGACACCCUGACCAACGCAAAAUAUUCUUUUCUCAAUUUACGGUUACCCUAGAAAAAUUACAGAAAAUUCUUUUCGAAAUAGGUCCCUACGAAGAAUUGGAAUCUGCAGUAAAAAAAAAACGACCCUGGGCGGUUGCAUAUAGCGAUAAAAAUCAACCCUGAAAGGGUUAAUAAGUGCUCAUCCUCAAAUGAGCUCGACGGCAAUUGAGAUGGCUAGAUUCUGGGGCCUCCACUCUAAGAUAGUUUCACUUUCAUGAGGCUCGGCUCGUCCUAGCAUCGAACCCCUCAAAAUUUGUGGCCGACAGCGCUUUUGGCACUGUGUGCCAAAAACACUUAUUGUGCCAGAAACACUUAUUGGGGACGCAUUCGGUGCAGAGUUCCACGAAGGUUCGUGAAAACGAAACUAGUAUGUCUCCGAAAGCGAUUCCGAGAAUACUGCCCAAGGAAAGCUCUGCCUCCUCCUCAGACGAUGAUAGGAAGAGAACUUGGUUCCGAAUUGUGAUUCCUUGAAUGCAGGUACCAUUUCUCUUUCCGUUCACCCACAGUACAUUCUCAGUUAACUUUUUUAUUUUGCUCGACUGGAAAGUCUACCCUCACGUUACAAUUGCAAUCGCAUUACUUUCGAGUAAAUAUGGCAUUUGGCAGACCCUAUCAAACUAGACAUUGAAUCUGAAGGGCAGUACAUGCCACAAAGGCAAAAUUAACAAGGUGCGUGUCGCUGAAAGUAUGUAGGGCUUGUGCAAACAACGACCAUUUGUUUUCGGCAAAAGCGGAUUGCCUUGCUGCUUCAAGAAAGCAAAAGGCCUCCCAGUCUGGCGAAGCGUUCUGCAAGAAAGUAUGGACGACGCUCUGUCUUUUCACGAAGUUGCUGAGGGCACGAGAUGCCAACGUGAAGAUCUCUGUGCCACUGGUUUUGUAUUCUUGUAUGUCAGACGGUGUUGCUAAAUUGCAUUUUAUGGUUGUCCUUGACAAAUCCAACCUCAAAAACCCCCACUUGGAUUUAUCUUUACAUUACAACUCUGAUUUAACAAAAUCGCUGGAUGCCACAUUCGCAUUCGGUAGUCUUAACAAAAAGACAAUCUUGGCAGCAGCGCACACAACUCAUCGCUGUGCGAUUUGUGGGUCUGCAUUGAACAAGUUUCAUUCAUGCUCGUAAGGUUACAGUGGAGUAGAAAUGUACUCGGAUAUCCUGCAAGCUGAAAGCCACUUCUGAAUCCAACAGGGUCUGCUUAGUUUUAUUUGUUGCCAAAGUAUGACGAUCAGCGAAUUGAACGCAGUAUUGUAGUGGACACGCGGGGCAUGUACACACGUGGAUCAUACUACAGUCAAUGCUUGUUACAACGGAUCGUGACAAUCCGUAGGAAAAAGGUCCGUUCUAUCCAAACUGAGGGUCACGGAAUGUUGUGAAAUGGUGAAACUUCACACACAACUCUGUCUUACCCAUAAGCGAUCGCAACAAUAAAAACAUUGAAAUAAAUAUAAAUAGCUAUACAUUAACAAGUGUACCCAGUAAUCGUACAAAGACGCGGAAUGGCAUCUUCCAGUCCGCUGUUUUCCGGAUCCCAGUUGCAGACAAAUGGCACUUUUCCUUGUACUAGAACAUAUAUGAACCCACACAUCGGCAGAUUAACGGCCAGCACAAAGGCGGAAAGCCAGCCCGAGCGCAUCGCCGAUAACACUAGCAUUGGCUGCAGUCUGUUCAUCACACAAAACAGUGGCCAGUAGUUAAGCCGAAGUCUUAAUUUCAUCUUUCGCGACAAGCAAUGACCACUGUCAAAUCUGUAGCAUAAACAUGAGCUGCGGUACCAGACAAACUCACCUUGGAGCCCGCGUCUGGCUGUCGCUGCACUCCAUGCGAGAUGGCUCGAGCACGUCACACGCCUUGCAAUGCGAAGGCCACAUAUAGAAGCACAUAUUAUUUUGGGGGAAAUUAAUGCGAUGAAAAGUAAAGUGUUCUCAAAACAGCACCCUUUGUGAUUCUCGGCAAUUGUUUUUCAAGUGCCGUAUGCUACGGCUCUGGUUCGAACCUGGUUCGGCCUAGCAGCACCCUCGGCCAUGAGCUGACAACAGUGGGCAGCGUUAGUCAACUUGUGUGGUUGACAUGAAAACUCUCUGCUAGCAGGGUGUUGCAGCAGCACACCGUUGCGGGAAGCUUGCCGCUAAUGUAUUUGUUCCUUGAGAAAAUGCGCAUUUCAUCAAAUUCCACAAGCGGCCAGAAAUAGGUGCAUGCAGCACUUGGCCACACGCACACAUUAUUGCAGGGAAGUAUGUUACAUUUAUACAGUGUAGACAAAAUUUGCCCAAGGAUUUGUCUGUUGUAACUGGUAGUCUCUUAUAGCUGGCUACCGUUAAAAGCAGAAUUGGCUGCAUUGAUAAUAUAGGCAGACCAAACUAAGUGAGAAUAAUAGUCUGUUAUAUCCGAAAGUAUGUUGUAUGCGGAUCCGUUGUAACGGACAUGGACUAUACAAGUUAGCUGAUGGCAGCACAGUGCAUAUCCACAAAGAAGGCUGGUUUGCAUCCAUGCUACAUGUAUUUAAGACUUAUCCAGAAUAAAUAUGCACAAAUAAGACAUUGAUAUGCGUGGGAUGAACCUUGGUCUUUCAGCCAAGAAAGAGAAAGAGAAGUCAUAAGGAAAAGGUAUGUUAACCAGGCUGAGCCCGGUAGGCUGCCCUACACCGGGGAAAGAGGAUUGAAAGAGCCAGACAUUGCAGGCAUUAGGGUUAGCGUUGCAAUCAGUAUAUCGAAGGCCAACCCACAGCACGAGUGAUGAGCAGCAUUUGUCUGCAAAAAAUAAGUAAACUUUUGUGUGUUCGGCACUGUCUUCAAAAAACAAAUCUCCAUACGAUCUCCAAGAACUAUCCCAGACGCGCACAGUUUUCAGAUAGCUAAUCAUAAUCUGUAUUACCACUUAUCGAUGUAUUGAAAUAUUUCGCAAUCCCCUUCGAGUUAGAUAUAUUUCGGGUUCAACAACAGUUGUUUCUCGUACUUACGUGGAGGUUUCUUGUACUUACGUACUUGGAACAACCACGAGACAGUAACAGUUGCGAUAAAGACUUCGUAGUGCAAUCAUUUUCUUUUUAUAUCGCCAUUACUGCAAAGCUGUACUCCACAUGUAAUUUUUUAAUAUCAUUGUACAUAGUAAAAAUGACCCAGAACGAGCACUGGCAGCCAAUGCCAGUUUAAUGGGACCUAAAAGCAACUGUAGCAGGAGCAAACCAGUGGCUACAUCUUGUAAGCAAUGUGGCUGGAUUAUAUAGUGACGCAUCAUUUAAAGCCCAUUAGGGAAAAACUGGCCACUAAAGCAGCGCUUCUAUGCCACUAUUAGUAGUUAAACCUGUUUCUCUAUGUGUCUUUGAGUCAGGCAUAAGGUUACUAUAGCGACAAGUCUUGGCAACAAGCCAUAAAUAAGCUAGAACAGCGAAGUGGGGAAACAAUUGGUGAACAAGGGCACCUUGGUUCUGCACUGGCGCUCCCCUUUUCUUUCUUUCUUUCUUUUUAGAAAGCAUUUCAUGAGUUGGAAAGUCUAAGAGUGGUGUUGAAGGCUAAUACGCAGAAGAUAAAGAUAAUGCUCAAUAACCUGGAAAGUGAACAAGAGUUUAGGAUCACCAAUCAGCCUUUAGAAUCUGUGAAGGCAUAUGUUUACCUAGGUCAAUUACCUACCGGGGGCCCUGAUCGUGAGAAGGAAAUUUACAGAAUAAAAAUGGGUUGGUGUGCAUACAGCAGACAUCGCUAGAUUCUGACUGGAAACUUACCACUAUCAUUCAAAAGAAAGGUGAACAAUCAAUCCAUUCUACUGGUGCUAGCAUAUGGGGCAGAGACUCGCAAAGAAGCUCGAGAACAAGUUAAGGACCGCGCAAAGGCCGAUGGAACAAUUGAUGUGUAAAUUUAAGAGACGGGAAUAGAGCAGUGUGGAUCAGAGAGCAAACGGGAAUAGCCGAUAUUCUAAUUGACAUUAAGAGAAAACAAAAUGGAGCUGGGCAGGCCAUGUAAUGCGUAAGACAGAUAACCGGUGGACCAUUAAAGUUACAAAAUGGGUGCGAAGAGAAGGGAAGUGCAGUCAAGGAUGGCGGAAAACUAGGUGGGGUGAUGAAAUUAGGAAAUUCGCAGGUGCAAGUUAGAAUCUGUUGGUGUAGAGCAGGGGUAAUUGGAGACUGCAGAGAAAGGCCUUCGUUGUGCAGUGUACAUAAAAUAGGCUGCUGCAGCUGAUGAUGAUGAUUUAUGAGUUGAAUUUAGUUUUGCAAGGGGUGCAACAUGUACUUGCCAUGCCACUCUUACACAAGGAAAUUCAAUUUUGGAAGCUGCAAGAUGAUUUGUUGCACAGUACGGUCACUGGGCUUUGUUCUCAGCUUCAGCAAUCCCUUAUAAGUGGGUGUCGUGAAACAAUCUUUUCUGCGAGGCACUGCUUUAAGACCUGGAUUGUUUUAUAUGCAAAAAGUAGCAUUAAGGUGCUUGUUGGCUGUCUAACUACUGCUUAUGAAAGUCUUUGCUAAUAUACCAGCAUCUCUGCCGGCACUGCUAAGUGCAUGAAGCACCUUGUGAUGGCAGUCCACUUUUCCUGCAGUGUGACAAUCAAGUACAGAACCUGUCACAACCUCACUUAGGGAAAAAUCUAGUUUCUGGAACCAUGUAUUCAUCAUGUGCAUGAGUGGGGCUAUUGGUCGGGUUCGUGGGUUUUGCCCCAAUUACUGGCCUUAAUUAACACAAAGGCAAGAAAUGAUGCUAACAUUAGCACUUCAUCACCAUUAUUAUCACCAUUUAUUGUAUCCUUAAGGAUUGCGAACCUUGCAAGGUACUGAAUAAGGGGGGACAAUUUUGUGAAAAAUGUUUACAUUGAUCAGUCAAGUGAGUUGAUACAUAAAAUGAUACAUUAAAUAAACGAGCUCUGGCACAGUAAAAAAAAAGAAUUAAGUAAUAACAGAGAAGCAGAAAAUAUAAAUUUGUUUACUGAAACAACAUGAUGAAUGGAAAGAAAGGUAUUAGGUGUUAUUACAUUACUUGUUUCAUUAACAAGUCUGAAUGCUUUAGGAUCACAUUGACAAUGUGAUCAGGCAAAUGAUUCCAUUGCAGAGGGUAAGCACGAUUGAUUAAAAUCCUUAGUUGAUCUGUGCACGCACUUGUUUGUGUUUCUCUCAUGUUCAUCUCCCUUCUUCUGAUCCUGAUGUGGUUAUUAACCUCAACAAUAACUGAUGAUUGGCAUGGAGGUUUACGUGUGGUAAUUUGUACAAUAUUUGUGGAGCAGUUAUUGAUAGCACAAACUGUUGUGCACCAUUGUAUCUGCUAUUGAUGCGGUCAUUCUUACAUGCACACAUUUUUUUGUAUACCAUAAAUUCCAUUAUUAUCCACAUUGAAAGUGAGCAGCUCCAAUUAUCAGAGGCAUCAUUUUAGUUACAGAUAGUACUUGUACUAUAUUAGAGUGCACUUUAUAAUACGUUAUGUUUUUCAUUUCCAUUUUUAUGAUUGGUUCCUUUGCACAAUCUAAUCUUUAUGCAUUUGCAUACUGACAGGCACAAGAUGUGCAUACUACAUAAACAUGCGCCAACAGCUUAUAUGCCUAAUGGCUGGUAGUUGUAUGCAUUACUACCUGGCAUCCACUGACUGGCGGAACUAAGCCUAGCAAGUGAAACAAAACUGUGCAUUUGACUCCUUUUGUUGCACUAGUGAGCUUCAUCAUCAUUCAAUAUUUCUUACUACCUUAUGUGUUAUGUGUCCUGUUCACUUUUCCUACUACCCACUGAAGUGACUUUAGAUAGUCGGGUCACAUAAUGUAUACUCUUACCAGCAUUUUGUAGAGGUGAUCGUGCAGCUCUCGGAAACAUCUUUUGGGAGAUGGUGUACUCUGCUUUCAUGCUACUCCCUUUCCCCAAAGUGAGAAAUGAGCAUUUAGAUGUGUUCUAAUCCGUAUGUUUUUACUUGCCAUAUGCAAUUUUUGUGAACUGUUUCUGCGAACCUGAAUGUUUAGUGCAUGAUCUCCCAGUGGUCUCGGUAGUGCCUUAAGAAAGUUGUCUUGCGACUUCUAAUCCUGAAAUAAGUCGCAAAUUUCCUUUUUGGGUCACUGUAAAAUGGCCAAAGCAGUACAGCGUGGAAGCAUUUCGCGAUGCAAUUAAUGCUGAACCUUCUGUCUGUUCUUCAAAUUUCUGCACAGGCUAUGACAUAUGACAUGUAGGUCAGGUCAUCAGUCCUAUCAUGCUCUGCACCUACCACUGGACUCCCUUCUCUCAUUCUUUAAGAACAUUUUUAGGAUUUUGAAAUGGUAACCGAUCAUCGGACAAAUGAGCCUGUUACAACAUCAUACAAGCAUACACUGUCAGCUGACACCCAUGAGCUCAAGUUUCAUAUCAACUAACAAAGCUAUUUUACGAGAAUUCCAGUGUGCAGUCUCUUGGUGCCUGAUAAAAUAUGCAGUAAUUUUUUUUUUAAUUGUAGAGCACAGUAUACAUUAAAGGGCCACUGAAGAAAAACAUUAAGCAAGAGUGGAUGCUUCGACAUUAAGGAUGCUUCAUAAGCCAGAAAUGGCACAAAUACCUGACCUCAGUGGUGAAAUAUCUGAAAGACACAAAUACCUAACCUAGGUAUUCCAGCACCAGUUUUUACUGUGUCAUGGAUUGUUUCAGCCUCUAUAUGAGACUAGUUAACUGCUUAUCGAUAAGGAUUAUGUUGUUUUGCAACGGCACCAAAAACUCGAACUAGCAAGUUUUGAAAUGUUUUGUUUAAAAACUGUCUACUGUAAUGUCACGCUGACAUACAGACAUUGGGCUUUGGGUGCAAGAUUUGAGGAGGGGAAGUUUGGCCCUCAUUUUCUUCUCUGGUAAUUAGCAGUUUUCUACCAAAUAAAUUGUUAAUACAAUCUUCAAAGAAUGCAUUACCUGUCCAAACUGAUGUAGCGACAUUCUUUAUUGUCUCUUUGAAUCACUCAAUCAUUACUGAACGCCCAGGUGAUUCUUUCCAAUACGAGAUGCAAGGCACACAGGUGAGACAGGUACCGUCAGGCGUUGUGCCAAAGCUGGUUGUCUUUGUGCCUUUGUGAUCAUUUUUGCACGUUAAAGAAAGGUUUAAUACGACUUUGAUCUCUGUUCGCUUCACAAACUUUCAGUUUGCAUUUACAUGUGGGCUUGUUUUUAUUGUGUCAAAUGUGGUAGUGUUGUGUAUAAGUUGAGCAUUUCAGACAGUCUGUGUACAGUCGCCGACCGAUAAUUCGGACUUUGUGAGGAUCGCAAAACAGUACGAACUGUAGAAUGUCUGAAAAAACGAAUUCGGCAGGAAAACACUUAUUUAAUUACUUGUUAGAGCACCUGAGGCCAAAAAAAACUGCUCGAUGUGUUGAACAACAUUCUGCUUGCGUAGAACCAAAUCUGCUUGAAUUUGGGCAAGCGCCAUGUCCUCACUGAAGCACAACGAAAGCAGGUCCCCAUUCAAUGGCCUUGCAGCACAUGGUACACUCUCCUCAGAGUCAUAGUCAUCUCCCAAGGGCACAAGUACUUGAUUAACAAUUACCUCAUCACUAAGUUUGGCACAGGACAUUGUGGCAUUGUCCACAUCAGCAAGGUUUCCGAAGUUCACUGUGGCUCGAAUCGGCUCACCGCUUCGCAGAUCUUCAACCUUCUCAUCUCCGCUCACGUCUGGCAUAGUUGCCAAGAGUUCUGCGCAGCGGAAACAGCAGUGGGUUGUGCCUGCCAUCAGUUCCUUCCCGGUAUCGACACGAAAAAUCCACACUGACUUUUGCCACUGUUGAUGGACAAUGGUGAUGGUGAUCGCAAAGCCUCAGAGAUAGGAGCAUGUUUGAGGAUCUCUGAGGCUCUAAAGUCACUCGACAGUUUCGUUAUGGUGGCUCCAUAGUUUCGUGGCAGCGCUGGCGUUAGUUGGCAACAGCCACGAUAACAAAAGGUUUGGCGUUAACGGAGUCCUAAAAAUCGGAUGGCGAGCCCUAGAUGGUCCAAAAUUUCGGUCGUUAUGCAUGGCGUCUAUGGGGAGAACAGUGGUACCGCACAAAGGUAUGAAAUACCAAGCAUUUCCAAAUUUUUGGUCGGCGACUGUAGUUGUGUCAUCUUCGCUUGUUGCACUUUUGUGUUUGUUUGGCAUGGUAAUGAGCUUGUCACUAUUUCUUUUGUGUCAGAUUUACUUGAGUCAUUUUCUGUAUGUCUUCCAUGCAUAUUUAUUCGGUUAAACACGUGCACACUUUAUUGUGACUGGUUUGCAGCGGUUGUAGUAGGGUGCUCUAGACACAUCUGUAAAGAGUUGCCGGUGCCCAGUACAAAGCAGGCAGUAUAAUUAUAUUGAUCUGCGAUGUGAGAAAACCUUCAGUCACUCAAUAAUUUCUAUGGUGCCAUGUAUUGACAUCUUUAAAGAUAAUUUCUCAAAAAUGCAAGUUUAUUUUUAUUCCGGUGAAAUACUUCUAGUCAAGGUCUUCUUAAAGUAAUUGCGUCACGGCGCAGUACACCUUGUCUUGUCACAAACUGGUUACUUGUUUUGUCGGUGUUUCUUUUUUUUUUUUUUGGUUUGGAAGAAUCCAGUGCAGUAUUUUAGUGAGUUGUGCAGUGUGAAAUGGCCUACCAAUUGUUUCACUUUGAAAUUUUUUAAAUAAAGGCAGUGUGCAUAAGA